AUGUAUUAUGGUUUAUUACGAGAUCAUCAUCUAACAAGAAUAUUACAACAUAAAUCAAUACUUGCAUCAUCAACAGGUGUUGAUAAUGAAGAUAAUGUUGCGUCAUUAAAAAUUGAUCCUAAUGCAUCACAACUUACACGAAUACCUAUUCCGGAAUUAAGAGAACAUGAACGAAUGGAUUUAAUUAAUAUAUUUCAAGAAGAUUAUACACGAAUGUUAAAAAUAACAUCCGAUAAUUUAUCAUCUUGUUGUUAUUAUACUUUAUUAAAUGGUUAUCUUGAAAUAAAUUGUCUUGAAAUAUCCGAAGAUUCAACAUUACUUGCUGUUGGUUGUAAAAAUUCAAGUAUAUAUAUGUAUAUUCAUUAA